AUGGCAUCUGGUUCUUCUGCUUCAUCAACAAAUCGAGCAACUCGCUACCAUUACUGCAACUGUGGAGAAAAGAUGUACAUCCUCACAUCAUGGACUAGCAGAAACCCAGGAAGGAGAUUCGUUCGGUGUCCUAAUGUUAAAAGCCGUUCCUGUACCACUUUCAAUUUUAUCGACGAAGAGCUUCCAAAUCAAUACUACAAGGAUUUGUUGAUGGAAUUGCGCUCAGAAACAAAUAAAUAUCGAAUUGAUGAGCAAGAUGAAUCAAAGGAGAAAUUGGUGAAAGUUUUGGAAGAAUUGACUUAUGCAAAGUCGAAAGAUAAAUUUGUGGAUAAAGUAUUUUACUUUCCUUUUGGGGUUGUGAUAAUGUUAUGCAUUGUCAUAGCUUUGGUUAUGAUGAAUUAA